AGCAACCGGAACUCCUUGUCUGUGUGACCAUGUCCUGUGGCAGCCUGUGUGUCCCCUCCUGUGGGGUGGCCACCCCGGCCCCUCUGGCUGACACGUGCAACGAGCCCUGCGUGCGGCAGUGCCCCGACUCCACGGUGGUGAUCCAGCCCCCGGCCUCAGUGGUCACCUUCCCCGGGCCCAUCCUCAGCUCCUUCCCCCAGCAGAGCGUGGUUGGCUCAGCAGGAGCCCCCGGCGUUGGAGGGGGCUACGGGGGCACUUUUGGAGGCCGUGGGGGCUACGGAGGCUACGGGGGCUAUGGGGGUUAUGGUUAUGGGGGUUGGGGCUAUGGAGGCCUUGGUGGCUACGGGGGUUGGGGCUAUGGAGGCCUUGGGGGCUAUGGGGGUUAUGGCUAUGGAGGCCUUGGGGGCUAUGGGGGCUGUGGCUAUGGGGGUUAUGGCUAUGGAGGCCUUGGGGGCUGGGGAGGCUAUGGGGGCUAUGGCAGCUGUGGGUACGGGGGCUGGCGCCGUGGCCACAGGUACCUGAAUGGCAACUGCGGGCCCUGCUAA